UCUUGGGAACUUAUGAUUCCCUCAGUAGUUAUCACUGGUAGGUCCAGCAAGUGAACGGUCAGUCGAUCCGGAAAGCCUUGUGCACUGCAACUUGUCUGGACUAGAGGUCUGAUUUCUGAGACAGUGAAGAAGAUUCAACUUGGGUAGACCUGAGUGGACUUUUUUCCCCCCUCUGAUAGCAGGCUUCACCAAAGGGUGCGCCAACUCCACAUCCACAGCACAAGAUGGGAAACUCAAAAAGCAGCGCCAUGUCUAAGGAGAUCCUGGAGGAUCUGAAGCUGCACACCAAAUUCUCAGAGAACGAGUUGUCCCAAUGGUACGAGAACUUCCAGAAGACGUGCCCCAGUGGACGCAUCAACCCAGAAGAGUUUGAGGCCAUCUACGCACGCUUUUUCCCUGAUAGUGAUGCAAAGACAUACGCUCAGCAUGUCUUCCGUUCCUUUGACACCAACGAUGAUGGAACACUGGACUUCAAGGAGUAUAUCAUUGCCCUACACAUGACCUCAGGUGGAAAGACACAGCGGAAACUAGAGUGGGCUUUCUCACUGUUCGAUGUGGACAAGAAUGGCUAUAUCACCAAGUCAGAAGUGGGAGAGAUCUGCCAAGCCAUCUUCAAGCUGAUCCCCAAAGAAGACCAGGAAAAACUCCCAGCAGAUGAGAACACCCCAGAGAAGAGAGCAGAAAAGCUGUGGUCAUAUUUCAACAAGAAGGACAAUGAACGCCUUGCGGAGGGUGAAUUCAUCCAAGGGGUGCUGGAAAAUGAAAAUGCAUUACGUCUCAUUCAGUACGAACCCAUGAAAUGAACACCACCUUUUCGUCCUCUUGCUCUGUAUCGUUCUUCCCUCUGUGGUUCAGGCAUGCCAUCACUUCCAUCAUCUUCAUUUUGCAUGCAUGUGUUCUCUCCCUCUCUCCAAACUCUUUUCAUUGUGUCCCUUUGUUUCGCUGUGACAGAUUUAUCAUGGUUAUGCACAUGAGCCAAACCAUAGACAGUCAAUGCUUUUUACGGCUUACUGCUGGUGUCAUAGGCAACAUAUUCACAGAGCAUAUAGGUAUGAACCAAAUAAAAUGCAGUCAUGCUCGGUGCUUGCUUUACAUUCACUGUUCAGGGACAGGGCUGCCAGACCGAGCUUACACUUCAAGAUAUUGUCAUAUACAGUUGGAAACUAUGUCAUUUGUGGGUCAGUAAUACCAGGUGUGUAAAUUAUAAUGACAAAUGAAAUGUUAAGAUAAUGUUAAGUAACAUGUUAAUGUUAAGCCACAGAACAGUUUCAUUAUAAUUAAAGUUAAGUAACAAAUCUUGAUUCGGCUGAUUAGGUCCUCUUGUGAUACCAAUGCAAACUCAUACAAGCCUUUUCUGCAACUGAUUAUAAAGGGUCAGGCUAUUAUACUAAAAGACAAAAAAAUCAUUACAGAUGUAGAUCAGCCAUUAGAAUGUUGAAAUGUUAGCUAAGGCUAUAGUAUUUUUAUUUUUCCAGAAUCUUUGUUUUUAAAACGAUAGGCAUUAAAACCUAUAAUAAAGUUUUCCGAUAAACUGUCA